GGAAGGAAUUCAUCAAGUAUGGUCCGCUCAAGUUCACAGGAUACCAGAAGGUUCUCACCACUGGAAUCAAUAAUGGUCAUACUAUACAAUUCAGCACGGAGGGGGAGGAACUAAUGCACCCGCUGGUCUCCGGGGGGCCUCUCAAACACCGGUACAGGCUAGAACAGCUACACUUCCACUGGCUCUCGGAACACGCCGUUAAUGGUAUCAAGUAUCCAAUGGAGAUACACUUCGUCCACGUAAGAGCGGAUCUCACGGUGAAUCAGGCGCUGCAUAGAAAGGACGGACUGGCCAUCAUCUCCGUCUUUGGCAACGUACAAAGUGAAUUAGAAGACAGCGAUUUACAUAUGUCAGAAGUGAUGACGCACGUCCCGAAGCUAAUGAGGGCAGGAAACCGACUCAGCGGAGUGCUCCUCGAUAUGACAAAGCUGUUAAAUGUAGACAAGUCGUCAUAUUACACAUACGCGGGGUCCCUGACGUCACCUGACUGCAACGAGGCAGUCACCUGGAUCAUCUUCACAUCGCCAAUAUUCUUAACGGAUGCACAGUACCGCAUGUUCGCCAACAUAGGCAUAGUACGGCACAACUUCAGGAGUCUGCAGAGAGUAAACCAGCAGGUGGUGUACAUGCCGGUGGAAACCAAGGUCAAGGUGCCACAGAUCGUGCAGUUUUUCGUAGACGUCGGCAAGGCGGUCACUGAUUUCUUCAAGAAUUUUGGCACAUUCAUGGCAAACGGCAUACACGGACGAUAGCAGACGAUGUUUGCAUUAAAUUCGCAAUGUUUUAUAAAAUUCCGAUAUCCGGAACCAGAUGUUUUUGCAUGGUCAAAAAUAUUAAUUUUAUAUCAAGGCUGAAACAACCUUGAACCUUUGACAACCAGGGAAAGAGGAAACAUAAUGUUUUAAGCCAAGCUAAGCCAAUGUGGUUAGGAGGUCAAAAUUAUAGUUGUCAAUUUAUUGUUAUAUAAUUUGUCUUACAAAUAUGUAAAGAAUGCGUUUCACUUGAUGUAAAUUAGAGAGAGUUAAAGUACAUAAUUAACAAAGUAAAUUAAAAAAUAAUGUUGCUUUAUAUCAUUAACAUUCUUCAUGG